CUCGACGUCUGUGUUGGGAAAGGGCUCUGACAGAAGAGAGUACAGGGAACCGGACAACUACGAGUAUCUGGCUUAUAAAGAGACCGAUAGCCGACACACAACGGGCCGGACUCCACCUGGACACGAAAAGGUGUAUGCGCCCUGAGAAGGAUUAUAAACCUACGUUUCCUUCCCAUUUAGACAGCAUCUGACCUGUUUUUCUUCGCACUUUAAGUCUCCCGUUUGUGCGGUUAUUACUGUGGAUUUUAUUAAGGAUGGCUCAGUCUCAGGAUCAUUUAUUCUGGUGUUUUUAUUCGAUCUAGUAUGGAUUUAUCAUAAAAUAAAACACUGUCUUUUUUUUCCGGAUUACCCACUUUUGGAGAACUUUUACGCACAGCCUUGGUGUGUUUGGAUGACUCUGCAAAUCGUUGCUGCUAGCUUUUUGAAGUACUUUGGAAACUUUUUUGCAGACUAUUAUUCAUUUCAGGCUACACAUUAAUGCAGGUUGACUGAUUUCUCAAGUGAAUCAUCAGUAUCACAUCUCGCCUCUUGGCUGUACCCGUAAUAGCAACACAGAUCGCUUAACACUUUUCUCAGACUGACACUGGUGCCUCCUAAACUGGGGUUGGUGCCUUAUAUGAUCUUUCUCCAUUUCUUUUGAGAAGUUUCUCAACUCUGGGCGACAAUAUUAUCUGCCGUCCGAAAUGCUGCCUCUGUCCCCUCUGUUGCUCCUUGUUUUCCCCGCUGCGCUCUUUGUGGCCGCGCAAGGCGCCGGUGACCUCCAGGGUUUCACCCUCCCCGGUGGGAGCGCAGGUUUCGACCCAACAGACCCCUGCAUGGCGGUGUCUCCACCAUGUAUGAGCGAGGCAGAUCGCUACAGCCUGGAGGCCCUGCGUAGCAUCCAUCAGAUGAUGGAUGAUGACCAGGAUGGAGGGAUUGAGGUGGAAGAGAGUGUGGAGUUCAUCAUUGAAGACAUGAAGCAGCAGCAGACCAACAAGCACAGCAACCUGCACAGAGAAGACCAACACAUCACAGUUGAGGAGCUCUGGAGGGGCUGGAAGUCGUCUGAAGUACACAAUUGGACUCAAGAUGAGGUGCUUCGUUGGCUGAAGGAGUUUGUUGAGUUGCCACAGUAUGAGAGAAACUUUAAAGACUUUAAGGUCAAUGGAAACACACUCCCCAGGAUUGCAGCUAAUGAGCCCUCAUUCCUGAGUGGCCAUCUGAGGGUUCAGGACCAGAGAGAUAAACAGAAGCUCAACAUCAAAGCUCUGGACGUUGUCCUGUUUGGGCCACCCACACGCCCUCCUCAUAAUUACAUGAAGGACCUGCUCCUAAUUGUGUCAGUGGUGAUGGGAGUUGGAGGCUGCUGGUUUGCCCAGGCCCAGAACAAAGCCAGUAAAGUCCACAUAGCCAAGAUGAUUAAAGAUUUGGAAAGUCUCCAGAGGGCUGAACAGAGCCUCAUAGAUCUACAGGAACAACUGGAGCGAGCCCAGGAAGAGAAGCGUAAUGUUGCAGAGGAGAAACAGAACCUGGAGGAGAAGAUGAGGGAUGAGAUCAUGGGAGCACAGGAGGAAGCUCACCGUCUGCAUGAGCUGAGGCAGGGAGCUGUCACUGAGCUCAGCCGCCUCCGAUAUGCAGAAGAGGAGCUUGAACAGGUCCGUGGUGCACUGAAACAGGCGGAGAAGGACAUGCAGGCAAGUUGGACUGCUUCAGGGGCUCUCCAGCAGUGGCUGCAGCUAACGCAUGAGGUAGAGGUCCAGUACUAUAAUGUCAAGAAGCAGAGUGCCGAACAACAGCUUGCCACUGCUAAGGAAGAGGCAGAAAGGAUUAAGAAGAAGAGGAGUUCUGUGCUGGGAACUCUCCACGUUGCCCACAGCUCCUCUCUAGACCAGGUUGAUCACAAGAUCCUUGAAGCAAAGAAUGCUUUGUCUGAAGUGACAGCCUGCCUACGGGAGCGCCUCCAUCGCUGGCAGCAGAUCGAGCGCCUCUGCGGCUUCCCCAUUAUUAAGAAUCCUGGUCUAGCAAACCUCACCGCUCAGCUCUACUCAGACUCAAUUACCCUGGGUUUGCCCCGGGUUUCUCAGCCAUCUUGUUCAUGCCAUAGCUCUCUUCAUGGAUCUAUAGAGGAUCUGUUGGAAGAGUCUGCCUCUCCAGUCUUAUCACAAAUGGCAGUUCCAGCACUGAAGCGCUCUCCUCGAACACAAGGAUCCACCAUAUGUCGACCACGUCGUUCUGGUGUUAUCGCUCAGCCACCAGCUGCCUUGAUCUCCCCAGACCCUGACCUUCUCAUCCCCAUUCGAGCCCCUUACCCUUGUUUUGAUGAGGAAGAGGGGUUCUUCCGGAAAACUAUAAAGAAACAAGACUCCCAAGAGAUGUUCCCAGACACAGAUUAUAUGACAUCACCUCCCCUCAGCAAAAUAUUCCGCACUCCCGCUGUUGACUCUUCCUCUCAAAAGCUCUGUCAUGAUGAAACUGAGCUGCUUUCAGACACCUCUAUUACCAAGCCUUUGAGUAAAGAAGCAGAAGCUGUUAUUGAAUCUCCAGUUCGUAAAAUUUCUGUAGAAGAGCUUGAAGCUACUGUCGAAGCUGCCUGCAGGAAGAUGGGAAAAGAUAAAGUGCUGGAUACUUCUUUGGAAACCCCUUAUUUGAAGAUGUCCAAAGAAGAGUCCUUGAUAGAGGCCACAUCAAGAAAGAUAUCCCGAGACAGGAUGGAAGUUCCCAUGGAUGUUACAGUAAGAAAGGGGUUUUCUAGUGAAUUGGAUGUAGAAUUUCCAUCCAGGAGAGCAAAAAGAGAUAUGUUAGGGGAUUUGAUGGACACUGCUUCAAGGAAUAUUUACAGAGAAAGAAGUGAUUUACCUCUGGAUGUGAGAAAAAUUCUUUGGAAUGAAUUAGAAGCAUCAGCAGAGCAACAGGCACCAAGGAAAAUAUCAAGAGAUAUGAUGGGUACUUCAGUGGACAGCACCGCAAGAAAGAUAAUACGAGAUGAUGCUGAGCGUCCGUUUGACUCAGUACCCAGAAGACUUACAAGAGAUUCUAUGGGAAUGUCCCUAGACACUGGUUCUAGAAAGCUUCCAUGGAAUAAAGGAGAAUGCCAGCUUGAUUCCUCUGUGAGAGUGUUAGCAAUAGAAAAAAUGGUUGACAGCACUAGAACGCCACCGAGAAGGAUAUCUAGAGAUGAGAUGGAGUAUAGUACAGAUACUUCUUCCUUAAAGAUGCUACCCAGAGAGAAAUUUGAUGCACUUAUGGAUACCUCAUCUAAUAUAGAGAAGCAAGAGUUUGAUUUAGAGCCAUCAGCAAGUAGGAGAGUAUUGAGAGAUGAACUUGAGAUGUCGGCUGGUUCUCUCAGAAGGAGAAUAGCAAGAAUACCAAGAGAUGACAGGGACAGUUCUACAGACAAUCCCACGGGAAAGAUCUGGGAUAGAGUUGAUGUUCCAAUGGAAAUGCACAAACACUCCACACUGAGGGAGGAGUUGGGAGCAUCUGACUCAAGUUCAUCUCCAGGUCGAACUGUACAGCCUGACCUUAUGGUAACCUCCCAGGUGCCAUGGAAAUCUUCAUCAGACCUUUUCACUGUUGGCCCAUUGAGCCAGCUUGUGUAUGAUGGGAUCCUUGAGAAGUCCUGCAACUCCAUGGCAACAACCCCAACCAGUCUGUCUUCCUCAACACCUAACCUGCCUCAUAGCAAGCUGCCAGCAGAGGUGGACCCACCUCUGCCACCACCAAGGGUUGCCUUCUCAUACCAUGCAUCACUCCCCGAGACUGGAGAUGAAAGGAACAAGGAUAAGGAAAAGAGCAAGAAAUCCCUGAAGCUCAAAAAUCUUUUUAAAAAGAAAAAUGAGCCAACACCAGAGAAGCUUCAAAGUGAUCUUCAGAAACUCUGACAAUCAGCAGAGAAUAAUUUCUUUUUUUCUUUUUGUUAAUAAUUUAUUGAACCAGAAAAUGGCGUUUUCAAACCGCAUUGAAGACACCAGGUAGCAGUUUUAGAAAGCACAAUCUUACACAAAGCUGGACAUUUUUCAGAGCCAGUGGUCAAUAUUCACAUGAAAGCAGAGUAAAAGAAACAAUUAACGUAUUGAUGUUUCCAGUCACAGUUUGGUGUUAAAAUCACUGACAGAAUCAUGCCACACAUGUGAUGUCUAAUAUUUGCCUGUAAAAAUGUCAGGAAGAAAUAGUACAUUUGUGCACGAGUCAGUUGCAUAUGUAUAGCGAUCAGUCUGACACUCAGCAGAGAGUUUUUACAUAACUUAUUUUAUAUUUGAAGAUUAUUUCUUUUAUUAAGUCUUAUGUAGACAUGUGGUUGAUACCAUAUAUUAUUUUAGAUGUUGAUUCUUUUGAUGCUUUGCCUAUGGUUGGAGGAUUAAAUGGUGUUUGAACAGAUGCUGCUUCUCUGUAUGACAGAGGCAAUGAAUUCAAUUUAAACCUCCAACUAAGUAAAACUAAAAAAGCAUUCUGUUCUGAGAGAAAUUUGGUUAAAUUUAACAGUGUUUUUUAUAACAGUUUUAUCCCUUGAUCUUGAUUUGAAUCCCGUCAAUUUUGUCAAUUACCUUUUUAUUAUCAAUUAUCAAUCAAUGGAAUCCUGAGUAAACAGCACGUUUAAAACAGUUGUGAUCAUUUCACAUGAGAGAUUUCUAAAUUUGUGGGUUUUUUUCGUGGUCUCCUCAUUAGGUUAGGUAAGUUAGUGGGAAAAACUUGACAUCAUGAUGUUUUAGCAACAUUUGAAUUUGAAAAAGGGUGAGUUGAACAUUUCUUUGACCAUUAAAUUAUCAAACCACACUACAGUACUGCUGUAUAGUAUAAGUUUUGUGAAGUAUUUUUUUAAACGUUCUUAGACUUGCUUUUCUCUUUACUUUAUAUUUGAUUGUUUUCAGCAGCCUUAAACAUGUUUGACAGCUGAGAAGAUCAGCACUAAGAAAACAUGACCUGCAGGAAAGAAUACUUAGUUUUAUUUUUUAAAAAUGUUCCCUUUCAUAGCUUCAUUUAAUAUUUUAUCUAGAUCGUCCAAAAUCCAUACUGAAAGAGAUGUGUUAGUGUGGAUCUGUUGUAGUUGAGAGCUUUGGGCAUGGGUUUAGAGAGCCUCUUAUUAUCUCAAGAAUGAUCAAAAAUUCAAUUACCAUUUUACAACCAACAUCAGCACUUUUAAGGUGUGAUUAACUUUCAGAAUGUUGCAGAAAUAGAUACAAAAUAAAAUUUUUAUUACAUUGCUCCCUGAAGCACAUGCUGUCAUUACUGAAACUGCUAGCUGUUUUAUAUUUAUCUUGUGUGCACUACCAUUUAGCGCGGCGGUAGUGUUUUCUUGAAGUGCAGUGGGGCAUUUUUAAUAAUUGGUGUACAUGUAACAAACAAUUCUGGAAAUGGCUCAGUCUCAUCAUAGCCAGUGUGGACCCAUUUCAAAAAGGAUCAGUCCUGAUCCUGAUCCUGUUGAUCAGCUUGGGACAACCCAAGUUUUAUUGAAAACUUUCAUCCCAGGUUUGGAAAAUGCUCAAGAUUAGUUUACUUGCUAAUAUGGUAAAUGUGAAAAUAGUAUAGCUGUGUUUUUAUUUUCUAUGAGUGCAUUUAAAUGCAUAUUUUGAAUGCUUGAAUUGUUUGUUCAUGGAGGAUUUAUGUUUAUCUUUCAUUGUUUACAGGCAAAAAGCCGGUAUG